AUGAAGACGUUUCCUCCCUCCGACACCUUUUACUGGUACAAGAAUGAAGACGUUUCCUCGUACCGAAGUGGCUUGGAGCUGUGGAACCAUCAUCAUCAUCAUCACCAACCGGAACACGACCUCAUACCUCAAGCAAGAUCUUUACAGCUUCGCGGCUGCUCUAGGAGUGGGUCCAACCACCGUGUCCGACGAUCAGUCACCCUCGAGAUCGGCCUUCCUGGUGACGGCGUCGGCCGUGGGGAGCGGAGCAGCAAGUGGAGCAGGACAUGCUGCAAGAGCCGUGGCUUCGAUUGCCAAACCCAUGUGAAGAGCACUUGGGUUCCCGCUUCCAAGCGCCGCGAGAGGCACCAACAACUCUCCUCUAUCCAACAACAGCUUCUUGCUGCUGAUGUUCCCAAGCGCCAAAGAGAUCAUGCCUGGUGGCUGGCAGCAGCAGAGGAGGAAGACGAAAGAUGA